UCGAGACGUGCAGUUGAGAGUUGGAGAAAUGAACAAUAAUUGGGUUAAACUCUGCGUGUGGUGCCUGUGGCUUUGUUUGCUGGGAGAAAGUUUAGCUUUGAGAGAAAACUAUUGUGAGAAGAAUGUGACGGUGAGCAGCUUGGUGCCCGUGACGAAGCAACGCACCAUAGUGAAGCAGCCACCGAAGUGGAAGCUCUGGAAGAAGACGCAGCACAUAACCGAAACCUACACCAGCCAAGAGGAGCAGCUGAGCUACAAGCUGAUCUCGGAAUGCUGCGCAGGCUUUAAGCAAACCGAGUCGGGACUCUGCGAGCCAAUCUGCGAGCGCGGCUGUCCAGCCCACGCGAGCUGCGUGGCCCCGCAGCGUUGCCAGUGCACCGCUGGUUACAUCUCGGCGCUGGCCCAUCGCGACGGCAGCCACUACUGCGAGCCCAUUUGUGAGCGCCAGUGCGCGAGUGGCUCGCUCUGCGUGGCGCCCAACACCUGCGCCUGCAUGGACGGCUAUCUGGCGCUGCCGCCCACUGGCGAUGCAGUCAGUGCGGAUUGUGUGCCCAGCUGCCAGUUGGGCAAUGGCUGUGAGCAUGGCGAGUGCCAGAAUGGCGAGCGCUGCGUCUGCCUGGCGGGCUAUCAAUGGCAACUGAGCUCUCAUAGCUGUGUGCAACUGCAGCUGGAUGCGGAUGUCACCGAGCUGCAGGACUAUCUAAGCAGCACCACAGCUGCCGCCGUGGACUUGCCCAUUGCUGCGGUUGACUGCGAGGAGGGCUUUGUGCUCUAUGCGGGCAUCUGUCGUCCCGCUUUGUUCGAAAGCAACGAGCCCGUGCUCAAGGACUGUCGUCAAACGGGCUGUGGCUCGCAUCAGACUUGCUCGGAGCAAGGCAACUGCAGCUGCAACAGCGGCUAUGUUGAGGAGCUGCAAACGCUGAAGGAUAACUCAACCAAACUUAUUUGCAAUCGUGGCCUGCUCGAGGAGCUGCUCAGCGUGGAUCAGGCUGCCGAUGAGGAGGGUGAACUCAAUCCACUCACCUUGCCCGUGCUGGGUGUCGCCUCGGGCUUCCUCUUGGUCUUGGUGCUUGCGGGCGUCAUUGGCGGUGUGCGUCGUCGUCGCUGGCGCGAGAGCAGCGAGCAGCUGCCCAAGGAGCCAGCACUGAAGUGCGAGUACUCGCAAAAGUCCUACGAUGUGGAUGAGUGGGUGCCCUAAGCGGCGCUUAGCUGUGUUAGUUGAACUUGAUUUGUUAGAUCUUAAGCAUAUUUCGUAGACUGUUUGUAGCCAAAUUCUAAUGGUUUGCUUUAAUUUGAGUUUAGUUUCAUGUCCGCCAACAUUUUAAACACAUUAAGCCUUAUAUUAUAUUGAAAU